UGUUGGGUUCAUAGACAAUAACAAAAUGGAAACGAAAGCAUUAGUUUGUAUUUUUGCAUUUUAUUUCUUUUUAACAUGCAUAAAAUCCUCACCUCUUCAGUUUUCAAAAGAAACAUAUCUUAAGACGAGACAAUCUUUUCUUGAUGCUGAGGAGAAAUUGAAAAUUGGAGAAAAUUUAACAUUGACUGUGAAGGAAGAAAAAGCUAAUGCAGCUCUAAUGCGUAUGAAAUAUGCGGAAAUAAAUGCGUCUAGGAAUGGCGCUCCUUUUCCUCCAAGUAUGCAUUUCUUCAAGGGAAAGUCAAUUAUAGAGAAAAGCAGUGUAUUCAAAAUUUUACAAAAAAUGCCAAAAGGUGGUGCCUUACAUCUCCAUGAUAUUUCCUUGACAGAUAUUUGGUGGAUUGUGAAGAAUGUUACAUACCGUCCAAACUGUUACAUGUGCCAAGAUGUCAACACCUCUAGCAUCAAGUUUCAUUUCUAUGCAAACCCACCGCAAAACCCAGGUUGUCCAUGGAUGUUAGUUAGUCAUCAAAGACAAGUUUCUGGAGAUACAUCUAAGUUUGAUCAGAUGUUAUAUAAUAGUAUGUCCUUAGUAGUAGAUGACCCAGUGAAGACAUAUCCAAACAUAGAUGUUGUAUGGGCACAAUUUUUACAUUGUUUUGAUGUUGCCAACGGUAUGGUCAAUUAUCUUCCUGUCUUUAAGGACUAUUUCUAUGAAGCCUUGAAUGAGUUCAGAAGAGACAAUGUCCAGUAUAUUGAAGUUAGAGGUCUUUUGCCUAAGGUAUAUGAUUUAAAUGGACACACAUAUGACAAGACAGCAGUGAUGCAAAUUUACCAAGACGUAUUUAACCAGUUUAAACGAGAUCAUAAAGACUUCUCUGGUGGAAAAUAUAUAUACUCUAGUAUAAGGAUUAAAAGUCCAACAGAUAUUUUAGUAGAUGUUAAACUUUCCAUGGCACUAAAGUCCAAGUUCCCAGACUAUUUUGCUGGGUAUGACUUAGUUGGACAAGAGGAUCCUGGGAAAACUUUAUUGUACUAUAUUGAUCCUUUAUUGUAUCCACAGCAACAAAAUCCACCAAUCGACUUACCUUAUUUUUUCCAUGCUGGAGAAACAGUUUGGGAAGGAACACCCACUGAUGAUAACCUGAUUGAUGCAGUUUUGUUGAAUACAUCAAGAAUUGGUCAUGGGUAUGCUCUGACUAAACACCCAAAAGUUCUACAGACAGUAAAACAGAAACAAAUUGCCAUUGAAGUGAACCCUAUAUCUAACCAGGUAUUAAUGUUACUAAAUGAUUUAAGAAACCAUCCAGCUGCCAGCCUGAUAGCAGACGGUUGCCCAGUAGUUAUAAGUGCAGAUGACCCGUCUGUGUGGGGAGCCAUUGGACUGUCAUAUGACUUCUACAUGGCCUUUAUGGGAAUGGCUGGUGAAGAUGCUGAUCUUAAAUUCCUGAAACAGUUAGCAAUAAACUCAUUACAGUAUAGUGCCAUGACCCCACAAGAAAAGAGUAACGCUAUGAAUCUUUGGAAAUACAAGUGGGAUACCUUUAUAGAAGACAUUAUUGAAUCAUUCUGGAACCAUAACCACAUUGGAAGAAAUGGUAUUAAUACCACUAAUAUUUUUGGUUAUUAAGAGCUUCUUGUAUAAAUUGACAAUAAUCUCAGUACCAGAAAGAUAUUUCAAAAUCAACUAAAGAUCUAGAUUAGAUUCAGAUUUUAAACUUAUUGUUACUGUAAAUUCAGAAAUUAUUGCAUGCACUUAUUUUUUUUAACUUUGUAGAAUGGACUAAAAUGCGAGAUUAAUUAUUGCGAUUUCAGGAAAAUCAGCAUACAGUUAUUAUCCAUCAGAUAUAUAUGAAUUCAAGUUUUUAUUAUUGCGAUACUAAUUCAGUCGCAUUAUUCGCAUUAAUAAAAACCUGGCAAUAAUUUCUGAAUUUACAGUAUGAUUCUGCUAGCCCUGGCUAGUUCAACUUCAGCUGAUAUAGAGAUCUAUAGAUUCUAUAGAAGGGGUGUUAAAUUUAAGAGAAAAGUGUAUUGUAUUUUAAACUUUGUUGAUGGAUUUGGUUGUCUCAUAUUGAGUUUCCAUUGUUAUAGUUAUGCAUAGCAGUGCUAUGUAAUCAGAGGGGCAGAAGGACUUUUUGGGGAUGUCAGGAUUUUGUUUUUAAAUAUGCUGGAAUUCAGGAUUUACACUUAUCUACACUCAGGAACUAUUGAUUACUACAAUCAUUUAUGUCUCCAAAAUUUAAAAUACAAUACUGAGUGAGUUAUCUCCCAUUCUGUUGCAAUAUGAAACAAGUUUUUAUUGCUUUUGUUUUGGUUAGAAAUUGUCCAAAUUAUGUUUAAAAAACAAUAAAAUGUUGUUAAUGAUAAUUAUGUGUUAGAAACAACUUUAUACCAUAUGGUCAAAAAAUGUGUUUUGUGAAACCUGUAUACAGUGGAUUCAAAUUUUUUGUGGAGUAUCAAUUUUGGUGAUUAAGUGUAUAAAGGGAACCCCUAAUUUGAAUUUUCAACAAAGUAUAAAUUGUCUUUAGGCUUAGUCUCUAUAUAAACUUUUGCAAAACCAUAAAAUCAAAUUUCAACAAAAAUACCAUUUUUCCUCAAUUAAUGAAAAUUGGUAAUAAUUGAAAAGAAAUGCAUCUACAGUAGUUAGAUUUUGUCCACUGCUAAAACAAUCAAUACCAGAUAAAAUCUUACAAUCAGUAGUUUUUGAAGGUAAAUGGUCUUUUUAUAUUGUGUAUCUAUUGAUAUCUUUUAUUGUUGCAGUUCAAAUAUUCAAUAAGAAGUCUUCCUGAGGACAUUCAUAUAAGAAUUUUAUGCCAAAUAUAAGCUACUGAUAAUCAGUGCAAACAAAUUGGAUUUAAGAGUCAGAUUUUAAUUUACUAAUUUCAUUUAGUGUCUUACCUAUUGAUAUACAAAUCAAUCUAUUGAAAACUAUUUUGUAAUUAACUGUUGCUUAAAAAAACAUGAAAUAGACUCAUAUUUGAUAUUAAUAUAUACAUUUUAUGCUACCAUGUUUAUCAUGUUUAUAAUAACCAUUUCAGCAUUACUUUGUAUUUACAGAUCUCCAUUCACUUGUUUGUAAUAUAAAACUAUCAAACUCAAGGAUUUGAUCUAGUUGCAGACUGAACUGCAUUAAACUUUUUCUUUAUUUAGGAUACUCAGGCCUUCUUUGAUCAGUAUGAUUUGCUUGCUUUUUUAUGGGAAAUAAACCACUUCAUAUUAAAAAAAAAAAAUAAUACCUUAUCUUAUUAUUUACCGGGUAAGUCAAAAUGCGAGGUUUAUUAAGCAGUUAAGAAUUUUGAUGUGGAAGUUGUACUACGGGAAUGGAUCAUCAUGCACAAGGAUUCAUAUUUAAUUUUUUACACAAAGUAACAGUAAUAAUAAUAUUUUCUCACAACACAAUGCCAACUGUAGCUACAAAUACCCAGUUUAGAUAAAUAAUGAUAAAUUGACAUUGGAUGAUAAAAGACAUUUUUAUUAUCCUUAUUGAGCUACAUUGAAACAUAAAUAUGCAAGGGGUAUAUCAAGAGCCCAUUACGUACGCUCACUGGGAUAUAAAUUCCAGGUAACAUUUGAGCUAACUUUUUAGACAUUUACUGCUGUAUUUUACGGAAAUUGCGUUUUUAUAUUGUGCAAUUUUGAUACUAGGGUAUAUAAAGUAAUUUCUGGCACUAAAAUGGCAAUGAUAAAUUUUAUUUUUCACUAAAAUGGGUUAAAAAUCUUGCACUAAACUGGGUUAUACUUUAGCGCUAAAACGUUUGAUUAUUUUCGCUAAAAUGUCCUACACCAAAUGCAUUCUAGUCAUGUAGUUCUACUGUUGCAGGGGGCAAUCGAUAUGGUGACAGUUAAACAUCAAAACCCAGACUCCUACGGUUAGACAAUGCUAAAUGUCACCACAGAUAUUCUUUUGCGAAAUGGGUAUAACAUUUUGUUAUUUAGUACAUUUGUAAUUGUUGAAUCUUUCUUCAUGGGUGUUAAUUUUGAUAAUUUAAUGACUUUUGUUUUAAUGAUUCCUUUAAAAGCACAAAUACUUAAGUAAUAGAAACAUAUAAUUUAUGUUAUAUAAAAUAAGGAGGCAGUGUUUCGUUUGUAGUUGAGAUUUGUAAAUUUUGUUUGUUUAUGUAGAUUGAUUUCUAUAUUUAUUAACAUAAUCUUUUGUCAAUGACUAAUUAUGGUUUAUUUAUUAUUUUUUUUGAUUUAACAUUUCCUCAGGAUGUAUGAUAAUAGAGCCAUUAUUUGGCCCCUGAAAUAACAAAAAUUAUGUUAAUGUUAUUGAUAAAUGAACAUGCUGAUAUAAUAUGGACAUUUUGAUGCAGAAAGGUCACUUAUGAAAUGGCUAUGAUGUCAUAAACAUGUCGAAAUUGAUAUAUUUGACCUGAAAUGACUAUUUUACAUAUAGUUUUUGGUUAGAACUGGUAUGAGCAACAUCCUUACCCAAAAAGAUAUUUUACAUACAUUUGCAUCUUUGUAAAUUCAUCUUAAAGCAAUAUUGCCAAUAAGACAAUUAUCCCACAGAAUCAAAAUUCAAUCUUUUUUCAAAAAUACCUGUUUUAGUAAACAUUUUACUAACAGCGUAACUUUUUCGGAAAUGAAGGAAGUUUGAAGUCCUAAUAUUCCUUAUCACUAUUUGUCCGCCAUUACUAGACAUCACAAAGGUCCCGUAAAAUUUUGACGUCAUAAUAGAAAAUAUCUGACGCCACAAUGGAAAAGGUAUGGUGUAUGACGUUAAUAGUUCAAGAGGCGAAGAUUUUUUGGUCAAGCGGCUCAGAUUUCCAAAUAGCGAUAAGGUCUAUUGAAAUAUGUAAGACAAAAUUUAAAGAUUAAAAGUCUAGUGUCUUAUAAACAUAUGAAGUAUGUUAAGUGGUAGAUUUAAAAUAAUUUUUGAUUUUCGAAUGGGCUUAUCAUACUUUGUUCUUUAGAUUUUAAUUUACUUACUUAAAAUUUUAUGUCUAUGUUUGUGCAGAAAGUGUUAUUGAUAUAAACUGUUGCAUCUGAUAAUAUAUAUAGUAAUGAAGAUGCAUGUUUAAAAUUCAUUUUUUUGUGAAAUUUUAUUUGUUAAUGGAUGAUUAAUUUAAUUUAUUGUGGUAAUCAUUUAUAAGUGUUUUUAUUUUUUUGUGAUUUAUCAUUUUCAUGUUUACAUCAUUUUAAAUGCCAACAUUUUUGUGAAUAUUUAUGAAUUGAAGUGAUUAAUAUAUGAUUGUGUGACCAGAUUGUAUUUUUAUAUUGCAGGAAGACAUCUUUUUAAAAGUGUAUAUUUUGUAUAAUUUUACAUUGAAACAGAAGAAUGAAUACUUAAUUUUCAGAUUAGGCCAAUUUAAUUUAAUAAGUAAGUUUUUAUCCAUGUCUGUCUUAAACUUUUAGGGUAUUUUAUUUUAUAGCCAAACCAAUAUUAAGUUGGCAUUGCUUGUCCAUGGUAUCUAUGUUUGUCAUUCUGUCCUUCCUUCAUUCCUGUUGACCUAUUUUUUGUGGAAUCUAGUUCAUGUCAGUUUUGUAAUGCCUGUAUAUCUGGAGUUGAUUAGGAGUACGUUAUUGUAUAAUGGUGACCUUCAGAUGAAGUAGUUUGUGUUUUAUUAGAUUUGACCUAAUUUUCAUGGAAUAAAGGACCUUACACAGAAUUUCAUGAAAAUUUUACUUUUCCGGACUUGUGCGGCAGAUCUUGAGCUAAUAUUUGAUAUGUUUAUAAUGAUGAUUAACAGAGCUGUUUUAUGGUACACCAUUGUAGAAUUUUAGUUUAAAUUUUAUCUAAAAGGGUCAACAUCUGUGGUACAGGAUGAUUGACUUUCACUUUAAAUAUAUACUGGUACAUAAUGAAUUUCUCUGUUUCCCCAUUUUAUACAUACUAUAAACCCACACAGUGUUGCCAAUAUAUGUCCUUGGUACAUCUCACCUUUCAUAUGAAUCCUAGAAAUGUGCUUUUAAAUGUUAUUAGCACACAGGUAGUUUCAAUCUCAUUUAUAAACAUGUCAGUCACAGUCAGUGUUUUCCCCCCUAAAUAAUCGUCUACCAUUUUGCUGCAGUUAUCAUUUUAAUCGGUAUAGAGUGUUAAAUUGAACAUCUUGUGGCUUUACGCAAUUUUAAUGUGUUUUUCUUAAGAUAUUAAAUCACCAUAAAAAUUACCUAAAAAUUUUUUUUAAAUUCUUAUAUAUGAAAAAUAGUAAAAUUUAUCUUCAAAUUAUAAGAGAGCAGCAGGGGCAGAUCCAGGAAUUUAGGUAGAGGGUGGGCGCAAACUUAAAUUUUUGAGUGAAAUUAUUGAAAUUUUCUUUAUUAAGUGGGGACAACCCAUGCUUUGCAAAUUUUAGGGGGGCGCACGCCCACCACGCCCCCGCUUGAAUCCGCCCCUGAGCAGAAUUUAAACACACCCUAUUUCUGACUAUCAUUAUAACAGAUACAAUAGGAUCUGUGUUCCCAAUUGCCAUAAAACAAUUGUAUUUGUUAUCUUGUACAGCAGAUUUUUGUCUGCAGUUCCAACUGUCCUUACAAUACAGUGGAUUUUUUUAAUGUAUACAGCAGAUUAUGAUGUGUGUUGAUUAUUACAUCAUCAUUAAUUAUAGCCAGUUAUAAGGUGUGCUUUAAACAAGGAAAUUCAGUACAUUAUGGUAGGCUGAAUUUUUUUAUGCAGACAUGGGUAAAGGAAAACUGUUUUGAUAUUUUUAAUUUAAAACUUUUACAGACUUAUUUUUUAUGUAAAAUUUUAAUAAUAAGAUUUUAUAUUUAUUGUUUUUAAUAUGCCUUUUAAAUUUGUGAACUGUUACCAGUAUGUAUUGUAUGAACUUGUUCCGUUAUCAAAAUAAAAUUGAUGAGAACCAUUA